ACUAGGAGUGCUUACUGUAUUCGAAGCAUUCGACGCUUUCCAACACUGCCCCAAUUCAAAACAAAAAGUAGACGCCAUGGAAGGGCUAUCGCUGCAACAGCUGCUUGACCUGCAGAACAUCCAAAAGGAGUUGAACAGCAACAAGGAUGCCUACCUAAAGACGUACCGCCAAGUCCUCAAACAGAAGUUCAGAACAGAGCUAAACAAUUUGGUUCGGGCUGAUUUCAACAUAGUAAAAUCAGAGUUGAAGGUUCCGCAACUACCGCCCCUUCCCAUUGAAGACGAAAAAACACCAUCCACGAUUCAGAUAGGCGACGUUGUGAAGGACUACGACUUCACCAGGGACUGUUUGUCCUUGCUGUAGGACUGCUCGGACCGAUCCUUGGUGCUGUUUAGCCAAUAGCCAUUGAGGACGCGAUAUAUGUGCUGCAGACUCUCAAAUGAUGGGGAUUGGCUCUGGUAACAAGGAGUAGUCACGUAAGAAUUAGGCUAAUGAAAUCAUACAAGUACUCACAUUAAAAAGGGGUACUAUGGGCCGUUUCUUGAACAUGCUCCCUUUCGUUCGUAAUAUCAGCAUGUACUUCACGUCCAACUGUAAGCGAAAUAUAAUAGACAAUCACGUAUUUUAAA